UGUGCAAACUCUUGAGGCAGCUGGAAGCACAAGGCUGUAUGAUGCACUACAGCAUGGAAUGGUGGAGUUGGAAAAAAUAAAGAAGAAAUUUCCAGACUGUAGACUUCGCAUUCUGUGUCUCACAGAUGGAAAUGAUUAUAGAUCUUCAAACAAGCCAGCUGCUGUUGCAGUCAAACUGAUCAACUCUGGCAUCAUAGUGGACUCCAUUCUUCUGGGAAAAGUGCAGAACAAUAUGCUUCAUGGAAUCAGCAAUGCAACAGGGGGUUGCUGUUUUAAACCAAUGACAAGCAAAGAUGGAGUCAAGCUUUUUGAGAUUGAGACUGUUCUUUCUUUGGAGAUGAGGAAACCCAAGAGCAAAGCUGACCCUUCCUCCAUCACAGAGAGUUUUUUAACUGGACUCUUUGCCACUCAUGGGUAUGAUGAAUUCCCUGAGGCUGCCUUACCAAGUCAGAUAAACAGCAAAGUGACAGUGACACACUGUGCCCUGAAAAAGAGGAUUCUGGAGGCCAAAGAUGUACGUUUCAUGGAGAAAGACAAACGUAUCCUGGAGGAGCUGAAGAGUCUGCAUUGUCACCCACAUCCUUACUUUACUGUCCUUCCAUCAGAAUCAGACCUCACCUUCUGGAAGAUUCUCAUGGAGGGUCCUCCUGACACUCCUUAUGAGAAAGGAGUGUUUGAGCUGUUCUGCCAGUUUGGUGAUGACUAUCCAGUGAAGCCUCCACUUGUUCGCUUUGUCACACGUAUGUACCACUGCAAUAUUAACAGUGUUGGGCGCAUCUGCCACAACAUAUUUGACCGCAACUACAAUGCCCAAAUCACCAUGAGAGAUCUCUUUGAUGCUGUGUAUGGACUGCUAAUCAUCCCUGAGCCUGAAGAUCCAUUAGACAGCAUUUUGGCCGAAGAAUACCUCACCAGCCGUGAGACAUAUGACCAAGAGGCCAAAAAACACACUGAGAAGACUGCCGGGCAGUCACUGGAUGACAUGGAGAAGAAAUUGGUGGAACCUGUGGAACAGUUUGUACCCGAACAUCUCCGCUGUUCACUCACCAAGAAGGUAUUUGUUGAUCCCGUGAAAACCAUACGUGGAUCAGUGUAUGAACGGAAGGCCAUUGAAAAACACCUAAAAAUAUACAGACAUGAUCCAUUGGCUGGCACAAAUACAAUGCUCAGAAGAACCGAUCUUAAACCUGACCAUGAUAUGAAGAAAAUGGUGACAGAUUAUCGUCGUCGUCAAAUUCUGGAAACCAGUGUGUAG